AUAACAUGAGUGGUAGGAGUUAUACACAGAUGACAAGUGAAAACGGCUGAGUUUGUAAAAAUCACAUCUUGAAAAAUGGUACUCCUUGUGAGGUUCUGUAAACCCUUUCUCCCACCCCAUCUUUCCCCUCUUUCUUUCUCCAAAACCGCACUUCAAUUCCCUUCUCAAUUCUCCAAAAACACCAAAAACUACGCAAUCCACAAAAGGGUUCGUUUGUUUUCUACAUUGGGUUGUUCUCAGGCUUCUAUCAAUGGUAACAAUACCAAUAAUAAUUUGGUGGGUGAUUCCAAUACUGGGGAAUUAGAGAGUGGAAUCAAGAAAGAAUUUUGGUUGUUUAAUACAAUGAGUAGGAAAAACGAGUUGUUUAAACCUAAAGUGGAUGGCAAAGUUGGAAUGUAUGUGUGUGGAGUUACUGCUUAUGAUUUUAGUCAUAUUGGUCAUGCUAGAGUUUAUGUUACCUUUGAUGUUCUAUACAGGUGUCUCAAGUAUUUGGGUUAUGAAGUCUUUUAUGUUCGUAACUUCACUGAUGUUGAUGACAAGAUAAUUGUUAGAGCCAAUGAACUUGGAGAGAAUCCAAUAUCACUUAGCAGUCGUUUCUGUGACGAAUUUCUUCAAGACAUGACUUUUCUUCAUUGUUUACCUCCUUCAGUUGAACCCCGUGUCUCGGAUCACAUACCACAAAUUAUAGACAUGAUUAAGCAGAUUAUCGAUAAUGGUUUUGCCUACUGUGUGGAUGGAGAUGUUUACUUCUCUGUUCAUAAGUUUCCUGAAUAUGGACGAUUGUCUGGGCGAAAAUUGGAAGACAAUCGAGCUGGUGAGCGAGUGGCUAUCGAUUCAAGAAAGAGAGAUCCAGCUGAUUUUGCGUUAUGGAAAACUGCUAAAGAAGGAGAGCCCUUUUGGGAAAGUCCAUGGGGUCCUGGAAGACCCGGCUGGCAUAUUGAAUGUAGUGCUAUGAGUGCUGCUUAUUUGGGGUACAAUUUCGACAUACAUGGUGGUGGGAUGGACCUUAUGUUUCCUCACCAUGAAAAUGAAAUAGCUCAAAGCUGUGCUGCUUGUAGUGAAAGUCAUAUAAGGUAUUGGGUUCAUAACGGAUUUGUCACUAUUAAUUCAGAGAAAAUGUCCAAAUCUCUUGGAAACUUCUUUACAAUCCGUCAGGUUAUUGAGCUUUAUCACCCACUUGCCUUGAGACUCUUCUUGAUAGGAACUCACUAUCGUUCUCCAGUAAAUUACUCUGAUGUAUUACUAGAAACUGCUUCAGAACGCAUUUUUUACAUCUACCAGACAUUAUACGAUAGCCAAGUUCUUUUGAGUGCGCAUGGGAGAGCUAAUUUAAAGGACUCAUUCCCCCCUGAUAUUGCAAGCUGCAUAAACGAUUUCCAAAAUGGGUUUUUGAUUGCGAUGUUAGAUGAUCUUCACACGCCUGUUGUUCUUGCUGCACUUUCUGACCCAUUGAAGACCAUCAAUGAUCUUCUCCAUACUCGUAAGGGAAAGAAGCGAGAGAUGCGAAUGGAAUCACUUGCAGCCUUAGAGAAGACAAUAAACAAUGUUCUGACUAUUCUCGGGUUGAUGCCAUCGAGUUAUGCCGAGGCUCUACAUCAACUCAAAGAGAAGGCUCUGGUGCGUGCCAAGUUAUCUGAAGCUGACGUUAAGAAAAAGAUAGAAGAGAGAGACGCCGCGAGGAAAAAUAAAGAAUUUGAGAAGUCGGAUGCAAUAAGAAAAGACUUAGCUGUUGUGGGUAUCGGUCUGAUGGACAGCCCAGAAGGGACUACCUGGAGACCAGUACUUCCUACUGCACUACAGCAGGAGCCAGCAACGGCUAAUUGAGUCAUUGUAAAAUGAGGA